UCGACCAACUGCACACCUGCCGCCAUCGAGCAAUUUCCGAAGCCAUAUUUCAAUUCUGAACAGCGGAAGCAGGGUUGGCUCGCGGUUCACAUAAUUUUGGCGAUAUACAUGUUCGUCUGUUUAGCGACUUUGUGCGAGGAUUAUUUCGUUCCGGCGAUCGAGGUCCUCACAGAAUCCUUCGAGAUCGAUCCCGACGUCGCUGGCGCAACUUUCAUGGCGGCGGCAAGCUCUGUACCCGCAAUCGCUGCGUCUAUCAUCGCCAUCCUCGUGGCGAAGGGAGAUCUCGGUGUGAGUACCGCGCUCGGGUCAGCGGUUCUGAACGCCGCGGGAGUCGUCAGUGUGAGCGCUCUUUUCGCGGGAAAAGUAGUCACUCUGCACAGAUGGCCCAUGUAUCGCGACAGUUUCUUCUUCUUGAUCAGUGUGGCCAUCAUGCUCGUCGCCAUGUUCGACGACCUGAUCACUUGGUUCGAGUCCUCCCUAUUGGUCGUGAUGUAUUUCGUAUACGCGAUAUUCAUGUCGUUCGAUACGAAAUUGGAGAAGUUCUUCGUGGAGAACUUCAAGUUCCUGCAGGAUAGGGUGGAUUACCCAGAGGGCAUGUUCCCCCCUCAAACUCAGCUGGAAGAUACGAGCGUACCGGUCCCAACGACGAUCUUCACAAAAGAGUUCGAUCUUUCGCCUCCAGGAACUCCAGGAGCGAACGCAAAACGUCUCAACAUAUCGCCAUACAGGAAAUCUAUCGUGGAGCUGCAACCCGCCGUGCGAGCAAUUCUGGAGGGACAAAGACGGCGAAUGUCUCUGAUCUCAAUGAAAAGGAGCAGUGUCGUCAACGAGCAGAUAAUAUCCAAUCCGAACAUGAGGAACCAAGUAAUGGCAGCUGUUGCAGCGAACAGCCGGAGUCCAUCAUUGGGAUCGACGGAAGAAGUCCACGGCGCGACUCUCCGUCCCCCUAGGAACCACUUCCUGAAAGUUCUGUGGCUGCUGUACCUACCAUUCACUCUUGUCUUUUACUUUACGAUUCCUGACUGCCAGAGGAAAGACCGACGGAAAUAUUUCGUCCUCACUUUCAUAAUCAGUACCCUGUAUAUCAGCGUUGCCUCCUAUCUUCUCGUCUGGAUGAUAACCAUCAUCGGUUUCACGCUGAGUGUCUCGGAUACGGUAAUGGGUUUGACUUUCCUCGCCAUUGGUGUAACGUUACCCGAUAUCGUGUCAAGCUUGCUAGUGGUUCGCAAAGGUCUCGGAGAUAUGGCGGUGUGCAACGCUCUGGGUUCCAACAUAUUCGAGAUCCUGGUUGGGCUCGGACUCCCCUGGUUGAUUAAGACUACCAUCAUUGAGCCCGGCGUGCCGAUUGUUGUGGAAAGUAAAGGAAUGCUGUACUCAACGGUUUCAUUGUUGGCGACCUUGGUCUUUCUGAUAGCCCUCACACACUGGAACAAUUGGCGCAUGAACAAAUUGUACGGCGCGAUACUUAUGGCUUGGUAUAUGGUGUUCCUGGCGCUGUCGAGCGCGUACGAGCUUGGUGCCUUCGGAGACAUCAAGCUACCCGCCUGUGAAACAGCAUUCUGAUCCCGUCAACUGGCGUCCGCAGCGAUCGCCGUCCUCCCCGAACUUGAUCUUCUCAAAACGGAAUUAUCUAUAAGCAUUUCAACUGCCAUUACGUGCCAUUCCCCAUCCCUCCCGAAAUCGAGCGUUCCGAUUUCGUGUCAUUCGUGACUAAUCACAUCCGAUCGAUACUU